AUGCUCCCUAAUAGUCGGACGAGACUGUUGCCUGGAUCGGGGAGUGGCAUCACAGAACAGUUCUUGGCUAGCGUGACGGAGAUCAGCAGGAAUGCUGUUACUGGUAACCAAAAGGUCGUACGCGAGGCAUUAGUCUCCCACGAGAAAGGCAGUAACGUUGACGGUCUGGGAAGCGGUCUGUUUCCUUUGGGAGAAGAGGAGAGGGGUAUUCUCGCUCAUGGUGAGCAGCCUACAGGGUUCAAGGUCAAAAUGGACAUCCAAGUGGCUGAGGACGGAUCUAGUACAUCUUUGGUGGUCAGCGGAUUCGACACUAUAGAGGUUGAGUGUAUUGAUGCUUUACGUAAAGGGAAGGCAUUGCUGAGUGAAGGGCCGAUAGAGAUGGACUCGGCAACUCGGCGAACUAUUGAUAAUAUUAUCGCUGCGGGGGGAACUCGCUUUCAAGUGCAACUACUUGGUGAGGAGGGAGAGGAGGUGGACGCGAUACUGCAAGUGAUGGAAAAUGGGGUACGGCUCACCGUCACUGCGCCACGAAAUUCAUACCACACCAUGGAGAGUUCGUAUUUGAGUGAAUACCCCAAGGUUGAGAUCCAUCCCAAGGAGCACGUGUCGAGGUUUGUAGUGGUCGUGAGUGAACGGGAGAGGUGGAGGUUGAAGGCGCUGAGUCGGCAGGCCAGGGACUUGGCGGUCUUGACGAUACGCUCACUGAAGGGUCUUCGGUUGUAUCAUAACAGUAGGGUCUUGAUAGAAGGAGAGUUGGGGGAAGGGGGAGGGACUUUGGUCAUGUUGCUGGAAAUGGAGAGGCUCAGGACGAGGGUGGCUGGCCUGGUCGGGGAGGUGGAGCGAUUGGGGAGGCAGUACAGGAAGGCUGUUGAGGAGAAGCAGACGUUGGCUGAUCAACUCACAGAUACUAUAGAGGCAUAUACACAGGUGAUGGAAUCUGAUGGGGGUGAUAGUGGUACAUCUGAGGUGUAUCGACUUGCCGUUCCUGAAGAUUUGGAUUUCACAGAGGAGGUGGAAACGCUACGGCUGAGCAACAGGCAUCUCACUGUGGAGGUGAAGACACUUCGCGCGGAGAUACUCAAAAUGAAGCGAGAUGCUUCGCGGGUGCAAGAGGCGCCGCAGUUGAGUAUUGACCACAAGGAUGGUGGCGUUGAGGAAAUGCAAGAAUUGCAAGAUGCCCGAGUGAGGAGGUUGGAAUAUCAGAAGUCAUCCCUUGAAACUGAGAGGGAUCGGCUAAAGGAGGAAGUGCGGCAGAUCUCUGAAAUGUAUGUUGAACUCUGGUAA